AAAUACUAAUAAGUUGCUAUUAUAUAUUAUUAUAGUUUUAUGGAGGUUAAGAGCAUGAAGAGUUGCUGUAUUCAGGAUGAUAUGCAGCAGGAAACAAUGAGUAGUAGCAGCAAAGAUGUAGUCGUCGUCGAAGGAGGUGUCGUCGACGAUCAUGAAGGACCGCUUCCAGGGUUCCGAUUUCAUCCAACGGACGAAGAGCUGGUGUCGUUUUACUUAAAGAGGAAGGUUGAGAAGCGACGUCCCCUUAGUAUUGAGAUCAUUAAGCAGAUUGAUAUCUACAAGCAUGACCCUUGGGACCUUGCAAAAGCAAGUAGCAGCAUAGGAGAUAAAGAGUGGUAUUUUUAUUGCAAAAGAGGAAGAAAGUACAGGAACAGCAUUAGACCUAAUAGAGUAACCGGGUCUGGAUUUUGGAAAGCAACCGGAAUCGACAGACCGAUCUACUUCAACGGAGGGGAAGGCCCCCAGUGCAUUGGCCUCAAGAAGUCACUGGUUUACUAUCGCGGAAGUGCUGGAAAAGGCACAAAAACCGAUUGGAUGAUGCAUGAGUUUCGUCUUCCCAAUGAUCUACAACAACAAGAUGAGGCUAACUUAGCCAACCCUAAGGACACUGCCCUAGAAGCUGAGAUAUGGACACUUUGUAGAAUAUUCAAACGAAACAAAAGGCACACACCUGAUUGGAGGGAAUUAUCUAACAAAAAGAAUGCUAUAAACUCAAGCUCAAAAACAAGCAGCAUUGAUUCUAACACUAAUCAAGAAUGUUACAUUAACUUUGCAACUCAUCAAUCCUCAACACCUAACAAUGGCUAUAGUAAUCUUUUCAUCCCCAAAGAAGAGGAUAAUACUAACAAUGUUUGCAUAGGAACUCAAAAUAUUACUACAGGUGAUGAAAAAAACGCACAUUUUCAAGCAGAUCAUCAGCAACAAUUGAGUCAUAUGGCUCAUACUCCUUCGUGUACAACACGGCCGAGCAUGUUGGAUCAUGUUCUAACAAAUGACGGGAAUGAUUUGCAGUAUUUUGCUUAUUAUGAGCAUAAUUGGGAUGAUCUUAAUUCAGUUGUAGAGUUAGCUGUGAAAAACCCUUUUUUGUAAGUAUAUUACAUAACAUAUGGUUUAUAUAAUAGGAUAGGAAAGUUACAAUAUGUAUAAAUUAAACUUUUGGAUUUUAAUUUGCUCUAAGGAGAAUUUUUGUACUUAUAAACUUCUAAUUUUUUUUCUUUAGAAAUUAUUAAUAUUGCUAUGUUGAUGUACUAGGACUCGUAUAUAUUCGGGAGUGCCAUGCAUUAUGUAUGCAGGAACACACACGCUUACCUUUUCUUUCUUUUGUCAAUCGAAAGCUCAUUUCAAAUUUUGACUCAUUUUUUUUUCCUACGCUACUCUCUUUGUUUUGAUGAAUUUUAAUUCAUAGCAAACCAAAAUUUGGUGAAUUUGCUAAUCUCAUUGUUUUGACGAAUUUUAAUUCAUAGCAAACCAAAAUUUGGUGAAUUUGAUCACAACGGACGCAUCGUGUACGUAAUUACACUUUUUGUUUUCUUUAAUGAUGUGCAUUAAUCUUAUUCUUAUUGACAGAUUGGAGAGGCGAUGUCCAUUAAAACAAGCUUCUUCUUUUUUUGACAAAUAAAACAAGCUUCUUAUACAAUUUGUAUACUAUUCCCUCUUAAAACUUCUCUGCUUUCACAUGUUUAUUAAUGUACAUUUUAAUAAAAUCUU